UUGAAAGACAAUAAAGAUAAGACUUCAUUAUUGCAAUCGUCUCAGCGCGUCGCAAACAAAUAGUGUCCGGUACGAAAGCAAUCAAUGCAUUCGUCGUGCUAACUGCGGUCAUAUCUGCGCUGCGAGGACGAACAAUUAGCUUCAGGAUAACAAUGAGUUUAGUGGUGCUUAAGGCGCUGCUGCUGCUGCUGGCGACGGCCGUGGCGGAGGAUGAACCGGCUUCUAUCAUCAAUGAGAUCAGCAAGAAGUUUGGCUCCACGAUGCUGUAUUGCGUCCAGUUGCUGUACCCGAACACGGGAUACUUCAAAGACGUGUUGGACUUCUGGAAUCACGAUUUGAACGUCACGGGCCACAUCUACUUGGGCUGCCUGGCCGCUUGCAGCAUGUUCAAGCUGCAGCUGCGCAACCGCGACGGCUCCCUCAACGACACCAACGUCAACAAUUUCCUCCGCGAUAAUGGAGCCGGUAUUUAUGUAGCAUAGAAUAGUCAUUUGUCCCGGGUUAAUUAGAAAAAAUUGUUACGUAGGUUAACGGUAUCUCCUCCGUUUUAAAACAAUGUA